AAAAGAUUAAAGUUGAUUGGCCAAAAGCUUUGCCCGAGCUUCUCAUCUUACAACAACCAUCACAGAUAAAGAUCGUUGCCCACCAUCUUACUACGUACAUUUCUCCGAUCAGGAGUGCUACAAAAUAUACAAGCAGCUCGGAUAACCAGAGUAAAACCUUUAAGCAUCAACCAAUCACAUUUCCACCUCAAUAGACACCUUUACACAAUGCCGAACAAUGACCCAUUUGCACGUCUAUACCAAGGCAUGCUACCUUUCCACAAUCAUUUUAGAGCAGAACAUGCACAAAUCGUACGAGGAAUACCCAAUUCACAAACAAGUCCAAAAGUAUCACUUUUACGUUUGAUGCAACAAGCUUUACAACUCUGUGGACAUUUGGAAAUGCAUCAUACGAUCGAAGAAGCUCAUAUUUUUCCACUUUUGGCCAAAAAAGUACCCUCGUUUGCUAUGGAUUCAGAACAUAUAAAAGAACAUGCUCUAAUGCACGCUCAAUUAGAGGCUUUGCAGCAGUAUUCAUCGAAAGUGUUACGUGAUCUACAAUCUUCACCCGGAAGAAAGGCAGAGAGCGAUGGAGCUGGACAGGUUAUUAAAGGGGAAGAUGAAGAUGAUGACGACGUAAAGCGAAAGCCUUGGCCGACAUCGCUUUAUGACGAAGAACAAUUCGAUACUUUAAUUAAAGGUGUCGCAGCAACAUUGUUCCCACACUUGCAAGCAGAAGAGGCAAGUCUACGGCCUGAGAAUCUAAAGAAGCAUGGAAUGACACUUGGUGACAUACAGCGCAUCCCCAUGUAAAUUUGACUCUCGGGAGAAUGUAUUAUAUCAAACGGAUAAAAAUUGAAUGCUAAUUUUACAGUGUAU